CCGGGCCACAGGGCUUAGGAGACCUCAAGUCAGAUCUGCAAUGGGGUGUUUGGCGGACGCUUCCGGUAUCCACAGCCUCUGCGGUGGGGCAGGGGUCGGGCUAGCUAGGGCUGCAGCAGCUCUGGCGGUGGUGUAGGCUGAAGCCCUCUUGGGCUGGAAGGAGCUAGAGAGGGCCUUGCCAGCCUGCUGCAGGCUCUUGGUGCUGGCAUUGGCUCUGGUUUCAUAGACACACACACACACACACACACACACACACACACACGCAUACACGCACUCACUGGCAGGCACUCCCAUGGUGGCUUCCACGAUCUCACCUUCAGGCUCAAAGCUGGCUCUGCGGGGACACCGUGACAUGAGAGGCCCACUGCAGACCCACCUCCUGGCCUUCUCCCUCCUCUGCAUCUUCUCCAAGGUGUGUGCCCAGCUGUGCCCGACACCAUGUGCCUGCCCCUGGCCACCGCCGCAAUGCCCACCAGGGGUGCCCCUGGUGCUGGAUGGUUGUGGCUGCUGCCGGGUCUGUGCACGGCGGCUGGGAGAGCCCUGCGACCACCUCCAUGUCUGUGACCCCAGCCAGGGCCUGGUCUGCCAGCUCGGAGCAGGCCCUGGUGGCCGGAGGGCCACUUGUCUCUUUGGCGAGGACGACAACGGCUGCGAGGUGAACGGCCGCCGGUACCGCGACGGGGAGACCUUCCAGCCGCACUGCCGGGUGCGCUGCCGCUGCGAGGACGGCGGCUUCACCUGCCUGCCGCUGUGCAGCGAGGACAUCCGGCUGCCCAGCGCCGACUGCCCCUGGCCGCGCAGGGUGGAGACGCCCGGCAAAUGCUGCCCCGAGUGGGUGUGCGACCGGGGUGCGGAGCUGCGGGCCCCAGGACACCAGUUUCCUGGUGUUGUUGCUCCCCUGCCCCAGGGUGUUCCUUGCCCAGAAUGGAGCACAGCCUGGGGUCCCUGCUCAACCACCUGCGGGCUGGGUGUGGCCACCCGGGUGUCCAACCAGAACCACUUCUGCCGACUGGAGACCCAGCACCGCCUGUGCCUGCUCAGGCCCUGCCCACCUGCCAGGGGUCGCAGCCCAUGGAACAGUGCCUUCUAGAGCCAGGUGGGAAUAAAGCCACGGUACCCACUCUCCCUAGCAGAUAGCCCUGUGCCCAGGCCCGAGCUGGCACAGAUGGCCCCUGGCAAUGCUUGGCUGCAAGCAGCAAUCCAACUUGGGUCCACCAUCCAGAGCCAGGAGGGUAAGAACAUGCUGAAGCUCCCUGGUCCCACUGGAUCCUGUACUGCAGUGGGGUGCAUGACCAGACCCCUUCUUCUAACUCAGACCCUGGGAGACUGGCCAAGGCUUCCAAGUACUCCAAUUGGUUCCUGGCCUCCACACAAACUCAUCAAACAUCACAUGGUGAGCUUUCUCCCCAGCUUCCCUGGGCAGGAAUGGGAUGACCAUCCCUUUCAUAACUAGGCUGCGGCAGGCGUUGGUGCUGGACGGGAUGGGCCAUUUGGCUGAAGUGUGGUGAAGAGUGGGCAUGUGGCUAUUCUGAGUCCUCUUUUCCUUCCCCAGAGUUCUGUAAACUCAGUACAAGGCUAUUGUAAACCUGUGGGUGGGUUUAUGCUUUCCAAGAAUGCCCUGCUCAUCCAGAGAGGACUGAGUGACUGAAUUCUUUAUGAACAUCAUGAGGUGACAUCAUAUGGUCCUGAAAAAAGUCAGAAAAACCAUUGAAAUCUACUUCGUAUUUGCAAGAACAAACCUUUGUGAGCACCCGUGACGUGCGGGGCACGGAGCUGGGCACUUUAGCUCCUCAGCAUGGAGAAAAGCAGGCAGGAGGGAAGCUCCCUCCUGGGGACAGGGGACAGCCUGGAAUAAACCAAAGCCGAGUGUGAGA